UAAAAACUGUCUGCUACAGACGAAUCUAUAGCCGGCUAACCGAAUGGCUCUCUCAGCAAACUUCUAAAGACUUUUCUUCCUCACAACUUCUACACUCUAACACUCAUAGGUAAUGCCUAUGUCGUUUCUUUGUCUCUUCUCUCAUACCCUCCUCCCCUCUUCUUCUCUAUAAGAACCUCUUGAUUUUCUUUCUCAUAUCCUCCUCAAAAAAAAAUUAAACAACUCUUUUGUUUUUUGAAAAAUUUUCACCAUGGAAUACAAUUGCCAAGAAGACUCAAAGAGCUCAAGUGAAGAAAGUGAUCGAUCUGUGCAAAAUGAUGAUAUGGGCACUGGCAGAUCCUAUGAGUGUGUGUAUUGCAAGAGAGGGUUCACUACAGCACAAGCCUUGGGUGGUCACAUGAAUAUUCAUAGGAAGGAUAGAGUCAAAACAAGGCCUAGUUCAGUUCCUUCAGUCUCAAGCAAAGCUGAUGAAAACUAUGUGAAUCUUAGAUCAUACACAUCAAUUCAAAGCUAUCCACCACAUUAUAAUUCUACAGUUCCUGAGGUACAAGUAAGUUCUCAAGUAACUUUUCCGGUAUCUGCAUGGCAUAUGAGACCCCCACAUACACAACAUACUGAUCAUGUACAAAAUAAUCCACUGCAUCCAAAUCUGUUUGAAGAGGACUGGCGAAGAAGUCUAAGCUUGCAAGUUGGACCAACCCAUGUAGUAGUGGAACAUGAUAGAGAGAAAAGAAGAGAAGAUGGCAGUGAAGAAGAUGAUGAAUUGGACUUGGAGCUUCGACUUGGUCAUUAUCCAUAGUAUUUUAUUGAGAUUCGAUAAAGAGCUUUUAUGGAGUAUAUUAUAUCUUGCGUUGUACAGCUCUGGAAUAUACCUUACAUAUAUUUCAGAAUUUUCAUUCCUUGGAAAAUGGGGGAGAAGUUAUUAAUCGUAUUUCUCCUAUGUUACUAUGUGAUUUGGGGCUUACCAUUUUGGCAAUUGAUUGGAAGGCAUGCAAGGAGGUGCAAAAAAAUAUUCCCACUUGGAUUUCAAGCCGAAAUUAUGCAAGUACUCUUUUUCCUAGCCAUAAAUAUUAUAUCCAAGGUACUGUUUUUCCUUCAUAAUGUUAAUGCCCUAAAUUAAUUUAGGGUUCUACAUAUAUAAGAUGUUCUUAUAUAUAUAAGUCUUCUCUCUACCACCCUUCUUUUUUUCUUUUUUCUUUUCUUGUUGUCUUAAUUAUUCCUUUUUCCCUAAUACAUGUUUUUCUUAUGUCAAGCUAAAUAAUACUUGUAUACAGUUUCAUGCCUAA